AUAUUUAUUUGAUGUUCUGUGAUUAUUAUUGAGUCUAUGGUAUGACAUGAUACUGUAAAAUUGGUAAACACUGUUGUGAAAUGAUUAAAUAUUAGUGAAAUUCUUUAGAGAAAUCUGAGCGAAUUAGCUCACUUUUAAAGAACGAUAUCAAAAUGGAUGUAUUCUUGAUGGUUCGUCGAAAAAAAUUGACAAUAUUCAUCGAUGCAAAAGACAUAACAACCGUGUUUGAACUGAAAAAAAUUAUUGAGGGGAUACUCAAAGUUCCGCCAAAAAAUCAGAGACUUCACAGUAGGGAUAGUAGCAUAAUGGAAGAUGAAAAGCAGUUACAGGAUUAUGGUCUAACAUCACAUACUGCGAAGGUUCAAAAUCCUGCUACAGUCGGACUAACUGUACGUAUUUGUUCCAGGGAUGAAAAUGGUGAAUUUGAACCAUUAGAAUUAACCCCAUAUUCAGCACCUCCAGAUCUUCCAGAUGUUAUGAAAUCACAAGAAAUCAAUGGUCAAGAACAAUCACCCUAAACUAGUCAUAUCAGAUUUGUCACUUUACAUUUCAAGCUUAUUCGGUUUAUGUUGCAAAUCCAAGUAAGCAACUCAUUUAUUUUUGCUGAGAGUAUGUACUACAACUAAUUGGAUAUAUUUUUUAUCCUAUAUUAAUAAAGAACUGUCAUGGAUUCAAUCCAAAAUACGACAAAAUCUACAUUUAUUGUGAAUUUUUAUUUUCAGUUGCUGUUAAUAUAAUUGUAAUAUAUUUAUUUCUGUUUGUUCUA